AUGUUAUUCAAGCAUGAAGAAGAUAUGUAUAACUUCUACAAAAAAUAUGCUUAUGCCGUUGGUUUUCCCAUGAAAAAAAGGAAUUCAAAAAAGGGGGAGGACGGAGUAUUGAGAUACCUAACGUUAACAUGUAGUCGUGAAGGACGAUUAAAUGGUAAUACUAGUAGUUCAGUGAAGCCGCAACCUACGGUUAAGAUGGGUUGUAAAGCAAGGAUAUCUGCAUCUUCAGAUAUGCUGGGAAAUUGGAAAAUUAACGCGGUCCACCUAGAGCACAAUCAUGAGACAAGUCCAUCUAAGUCCAGGUUAUAUCGAUGCAACCGAACUUUGAUUGCACAUGUGAAAAGGAAGCUUGAAGUAAAUGAUUUAGCAGGGAUUCCGUUGCAUAAGAGUUACAAUUCCGCAGUUGUAGAAGCCGGUGGAUAUGAGAACAUGACUUGCAUUAAAAAAGAUUGUCGGAACUAUGUCGAACGAGUUAGGCGAUUACGACUUGGAGAGGGCGAUGCUGCAGCAAUACAAUCAUACUUCUCAAGAAUGCAAGCUCAAUGUUCGGGAUUUUAUUUCAGUAUGGAUUUGGACGAUGAUUCGCGACUAAGAAAUGUAUUCUGGGCAGAUAAUCGGUGUAGGCUAGCGUACAAGGAGUUUGGUGAUGUGGUUACUUUUGAUACCACCUAUCUUACUAAUAAGUAUGACAUACCAUUCGCCCCCUUUGUUGGCGUCAAUCAUCACGGACAAUCAACAUUACUUGAUUGUGGGUUGCUGUCAAAUGAGGACACUGAGACCUUCGUAUGGUUGUUCAAAACAUGGCUUUAG